AGCUGUGUUAGCCUUUCAACAUUCGCCUCUCUCUGUUUCUCACACUAUCUUUUCCUACUUUUCUUUUUCUUUCUCUUUCUUUUGUUGGAGGGGCCCUGAGACUGCAAAUCUUGCAAACUCAGCUGGUUAUUAUUAAACCUUCUUGACGCAGCAACCGCUAUCACGCGGCACUAUCAAAACCUUGUCGCUCCACUUCAUCUAUUUUGUGGUUCUACGCUCCUGUCUGUCCCCAUCUUUCCCCAACCUUUCUCUGUCUCUGUUAUUUCAAGGGAUUUCGAAUGGCUGAAGAUUUGGAUGACGGAGAGUUUUGGCUGCCUUCGCAGUUCCUCACCGAUGACGAUAUGCUCAUGGACGGCAAGGACCGGAAUAGCCACAUCGGCCAUGGUGGAGUUAGGGUUUUCCCCUCUGAGUUCCCUUAUGGGGCUUCCUCUGCUCUGAGCUCUCCUGUUGAGUCCGUGAUGGGUUCCACCGAGACCGAGAGCGACGAGGAUGAUCUCAUGUCCGGCUUGACUCUCCAGAUGGCUCGCUCUAUGCUCCAGGAACACGACCAGAGCACCGGCCCUGCUUUUGGUGCUGAAAACCCCAAGGCAUGGAUUUUGUCUGGUUCGCCCCAAUCAACUUUGUGCGCAUUUGGGAGCUUGUCGGCAGGCAGCGCUGGCUCCAGUCGGGGAAGCCCAAACGGGCCUUCUCAGGUUUGCUCUCCGCCAUCAACGCCGAUGAAUGGCAAAGAUGAUGCCUGGGAUCUACUUUAUGCUGCGGCGGGGCAAGUCGUGAGGAUGAAGAUGAACGACGAAGUUCCCAAGUGCCACCAAGGGCGAGGGCUCCUGGGUCCGCCUAGAAAACCGGCUUCAAUCACUCCGCCUUUGAAAAACCCCAAUGUGGCUAUGUAUUCGAAUCAAGCCUUUACACACCAGCAGUUGCAGUCAAAUCAGCAUCAACAGUUGAAACAACAACAAAUAAUGAAGCAGCAGUGCUCCUCUGUUUGGGGAAAGCAGGGGAAGCUAGCAGGAACAGCUCAGCAGCCGCACCAUCAGCAACAGGUUUCAAACAAAGCAACAAGACCUGGUGGGUUUGGCAACGGCAGAUGUGGCCGUCCUCUAGAUCUAUCAUCCUCUGCAUGGCCGCCGCUGCAACAGCAACAGCAACCGCAACCUCUUCCUCAUCCGCAUCAUCACCAUAAUGCGGGCUCUGGCAUGAGAGCCGUUUUUCUUGGAGGUGCUGAUUCGAAGAGGGAGUCCUCUGGAACUGGGGUUUUCUUGCCUCGUAGAGUUGGUAGCCCUGCAGAGUUUCGCAAGAAGCCAGCAUGUUCGACAGUUUUGGUUCCUGCAAGAGUGGUCCAGGCCUUGAACUUGAGUUUUGAUGAAAUGGGUUCUCAGCCUCGCUUCGCUGGAGGAUUUGCUUAUGAUCAUGGUAGGAAACAAUGGAGUGUUAUGUCAGCAGAAGCGGAGCCUUAGAACAGAGUCGGCGAUGAACCAUGAGAUACGCCUUCCUCCUGAGUGGACGUAUUGAA